AUGAAUGACUACGUCAAUAAAAUUGAACCGGAGAACACAAAGUAUUCGUUAUUUCAGUUACAUCCAAGUUCAUGUACUGCUAUGGAAACUGAGGUGGAGAUAACAGCCAUGUGUUCAUUUUCAGACUUACUAUUUAUUGGAACAAGCAAGGGUUUAGUAUCUCAAUUGAUUAUUCAAGAGUUGUAUGACAAUAAAACAUCAUUUUGUUUCAGUAAUGUUCUAUCAAGGAGAAUAUUUAUCAUGAAUUUUAUUCCAUCUUUCAAAGGCGUUUCAUCAUUUCAUUUGUGCUCUUUCGAUGAUGAAAAAGAGAAGCUGUGCAUAGGAUUUAAAUCGGGUUUAAUCCAACUACAUCAUAUUUUUGUAUCGACAUGUAUGCUUGUUUUUGAGACCAGGUUAACAGAAGUUCCACAGUCUCUUUGCAUCUCACCACACUUUUUAUGUGUUGCAUCGGACAGUAGUUACAUAUCAAUAAAUUUACGUACAAACAGUACUACAGAGUUAUUGCGUUCAGUAAAAGAACCAGUACGGAAUUACAUAGUCUAUUUUACUCAGAAUGAAUUUAUUGUUUCUGGUCCAGGAUCAUUGGGUAUUAUUGUCGAUGCUAAUGGUGUGUCUCAUCGUGCACCACUUCAGUUAUCACCAAAUAUAGUAGAAGUUUUUGUGUGGAGAAAUUAUUUCUUCACUAUCACUGACGAAUUUUUUACCAUUCACAACAUCUUGACACAAUCCCAGAUACAAACAAUAAAUCUUCAAAAGCCAUCUGUAGCUUGUUUUUCUGCUGAUGCUCAUUUGUUAUACUUUACUGGAACAUCUGACUGUAAUACUGACACUACAUCCAUCAGAAAUAUUCAAGUCUUAGGACCAGAACGUUGGGAUUUGAUUGCACGGAGGUUCAUCUUAACUGGUUGUCUUAAACAAGCUUUCCUUGUACAACAACAAGAACGAAAUCGUCUUACUCAAGCCAUGCAGUUGCAAGUUGAGAAAUUCAAACAUGAACAACAGUUAUUCGAUAAGAGACGUCAACAGGUACUUGGACUUUUAGGAUUUUAUCAUUUUGAAAAGGGUGAACUAGAUAAAGCAGCUUCCUACUUUGAACAGAGCACUAUAGACAUACGUGAAAUUCUGUUUCGGUAUCCUGAUCUCUUGCCAAAAGGUUGUUAUUUUAUGCCAAAUUGGUUUUACAAACUACAUCAGACUAAUCCCGAAGCUAAUCAUAAUAAUGACGAUAAUGCUCAAACGUCUGGAAUUAAUUUGACUAGUGAUUUGUGCAUUUUAAGAGCUGCAGAAGAUUCAGCUAAUGAUGAUCAUGAUCUAACAAUUAGUUCAUCAUGGUUAUUAAAAUAUGAAGAAUUCCUUUUCAACUUUUUGCGUAAACAUCAUAAAAGUAAAUUUGUUGAGAAGCAUUUACAUUUUGUAGAAACUGCUUUAGUCAAACUGUACGUUCGAUUACAACAGGCUGGUAUUCAACCAUAUCCCUAUGAAUUAAUCAUUAAUACGUCUUCUAUUGAUUCUCAGUCAGGUGAAGGUGGUCUCACUAAGUCAACUAACAAUAAUAAUCAAGAAAAUAAUAAUGCUUACCAUGCUUUGGCGCUUAUUUAUCGUUGGCAAGGUAACCUUUCAGGUGCAUUGGAAAUAUGGCGAAAAUUAGUUUACAAUGAACUAAAUGAUUCAAGUUUUCCAGGAGUAGAAUUUUAUAUUUCUAUACUAUUGGACCUAUCCGCGCAUAAUUCGACUGACACUCAGAAACAAUCACUUUAUAAGGGAGCGGCUAUUCAUUCGUCAAAUGAUGUAAAUUAUGAGUUCUCUGUUUAUGCUGAAUUAGUUUGGAAUCAUUUUAUGCAAGCUUUAACAACUAAUCAUGAGAAUAUAGCUGAACAGCUCAUGCUACGUUUUCCUAUUCCCUCAAGUUAUGUUAAUUCAUCAUGUGAAUUGUCUGUUAUUGAAGGCAGUACAACCGAAACGUCCUUGGAAAGUAGCCUCGCACCAUCCCAAAUUCUAUCACCUAAUCAUAUUAUUCAAAGUCUUAUUUCUUCAUAUCCAAAUAUGAUAAUGACUUAUUUGAAACAUUUGUGUUCUUCUCUGCCCAAUUGUCAUCCAGAAAAUCAUAAUCUGUUAGGCAAACUUUAUUUAAAUACCCUAUUAAUGAAAUUAAGGAGUACUGACAAUUUAUCUGAUGAUGAAAUGAAAAAACAAAUCCGUAAAUUGAGAACUGAGUUUUGCCAACUGAUCCGUUAUUCAUUAUUGAUAUCACAUAAAACACUACUGGACCGUUUAUAUAAUGAGAGUGUUGCAGUUCAAAAGAAGCUCGCCUAUGAACUAGCGAUUCUUGAAGGGAAGGCCAAUAAUCAUGUGAAGGCUUUAAAAUAUCUUAUUGAAGAUGUAAAUGAUUAUAAAGCCGCAUUGUACUAUUGUCUUACAUUCAGCCGUCAACAACCUGUUCAUUGUAGUGCACGUAACAAUGAUACUAAUGUAAAAUGUAAUACAGUAGCAGUAAAUUCACUUGGUACUUAUCACCAUUGGGACCAGUUUGAAUUUAUGGAAGGUGAUUCUAGUAAUCAAUCAAUAUCCUCCUUGUUAUUUACAAUAUUUGUUGAAAUCUGUCUUGAUAGACUUCAUACUAACGAGAACAAUUCUAAAGAUAUAAAGAAAAUGAUUUUGAAUCUUCUGAAUAAUCCUGACUUAAAAUUUAAUUAUUCAAAGUUAUUAUCUCGUUUUCCAUCAACAUGGAACAUUCUGGAAAUCAAACCAUUUUUACAUAAUGCAUUUCGAUCUACUCUACAAGAAUGGUCAGAACUUCAGUUAGAAUAUGGUUUGACUAAAUAUAAUGCGAAAUUAUCUAUUGUUGAUCUCCCUAACAAAUCACAUUGUCUAUUAAUUAAAGAUGAUACUUUGUGUUCUGUAUGCCAUCAAUCAAUUUGUGUAUAUGGUCCAUCUGAUAGCUUUGCUUGGCUUAUUCCUAAAAACCAAGUUGUUCACACUCAUUGUUUGUCAUCUAAUCAAUGA